GCGGCGCCGUUGGCGGUUGCAGCACCCCCGGCAGUAGAGUGGAUCCCUGGUGGAAUCCUGGUUCCUAUUGCCCCUCGGUUUCGACUCCAGGUCAACCAAGGCUCGACGAGGGGCCAUCGGACAACGGAUUCCAGUAUUGUAACCCUCAGCAUCGCUUUGCAGCCUCGAAUCAGAACCAGCAGUACCGACCGCAGCAGCAGCAACAUCCACACCACUUUAAUCAGUCGAACCUUAAUAGAAACGGUCAGGGCUUUGGUCAGAGCCUCGGUUUUGUGGACACCAGGUGCCCUGAUGUCGUAGGAUCCACAGCCAAUCCAUACAGCAUUUCCAAUACCUGCUCCACCGCAUCUUCCAAUAACGCGGUCCUAUCCAGUUUGUUGUCAUCCUCGUCAACAGCGACGGAAAACUCAGUAGCUCGAGGAGCCUCGUCCUCGGGGCGUAGCAACGUACUCUCCUCGUUGCUAUCCUCGAGUUCCUCCUCCUCUACAUCAACAACCUCUUCACUCAGCAUCCGCGGUAUAGCCAACGAAUCUUCAAAUUUAAACGGUAUCUUAUCUUCCUUGAAUGUAAGAAUCAAAUCCGAAGAGAGUGGAAGGAAUCGAGAAGAUCGUAACAAAUCUUCACCAUCUUUUAACACAUCCCUUUUAAGCUCUCUUCUUUCUACCUCCCGGAUCUCAAAUCGGAACAACGAAGAAGAAGUAACUAGAAAUAUCAAACUUGAGUACUCUCCAGAAGAGGACCUUGCGGAAGUAGGCGUUAAAGUAGAAUACUCAUCCUCACCUGGAACUUUGGAAUCUGCGGAAGAUUUGGCCGCUACAUCUCCUUACAUUAUUAAUAAUAGUAAUCUCCACAAGGUUGACCGAACAUCUGGUUCACCCACGUCUGAUAUCGUGAUGAAGUACGAGACUCAAACGGGCCCGCCAGCUCAACCACCACAUUUGACAGGGAUAGAACCUCCUCACAGCAGUCAAGGCAGUAGUAUCGCCGUUGGAGGAUCGCCAAACGAAAUAGCUGUUGAUAAUCUUCUAUUGUCGCCGUGGGGUGCAUCAGCACAAGAUUUUAUAGAAACUUCAGAUGUGAAACAAGCUGGUCUCCAAGAUGCCUGGGACACGAUCCUUUUGGGUUCAUCGGUAGGUGUAGCAUCUGCUCAGUCCUUAGCAGAGCUGAAACCUCUACCUCCCUUCACGGGAUACACCGGACAUCUUAGUAUCAACGGAAUACCGGGACAUCACUACCACACGAUAGCAUCCUCAGCGAGACCAAUGCAGUCACCCGCUCCCUCCUCAAACCAAGAAUACUACGAGGUUCCGGUCGUCUCUUCUAGCACGCCUUGUCCUCAGGGGAAUCAAAAGCAGCAUCAGCAACAGCAAAAUCAGUCAACGCAGCAAGUGGACUAUGAUGACAUCGAGGAUAUCGCAGAAAUCAUCGGGUCUGCUAUUGCAGAUACAACUGUACCUGGAGGAGGGAAUGGGCCGGGUUCGGAACACGACCCCGACGCUUCUAGAGACUGGAUAGACAUAGCCGAAUGGAUCGGCGAUGCUUGCUCUCCGAAAGCUCAGGAGCAGAGUUCCCCUAGCUACUCCCAGAUCUACAAUACAAACCAAUCUCAGGUACAACAUGGAUCGACGUUGCAGAGUUUGCUGACUCAUGGAUACGCACCUCUUCUUCAGGCCAGGCUUCAAGGAAAUCUUCAGAACACUUCCUGUGGCGAGACCCCAUCCUCCACUAGCCCUUAUCCGCCUGUUAGUCCUCCUGGAAGAGUUUCGACAUCUUGCAGUCCAGAUCAUCUCUUGCAUUCGUCCUUCGCUGCACCUUCUCAUCCCAGAAAAAGGUCGAGACCUAAUCCAGGAUCGCAGAAUCCCAAGAAGAGUCCAAGCACGACGGCUCUAUCUUAUGGAACUGAAUCAGGACUUAUUGGUGGAAAGGAAAAGCCCGUUCAUAGGUGUUCUAUAUGUAAUCGAGGGUUCCUCAAUAAGAGCAAUAUCAAGGUUCAUUUAAGAACGCACACUGGCGAAAAACCCUUCAGGUGUGAAGUAUGUGGCAAGGCUUUCAGGCAGAAGGCGCAUCUCAUUAAGCAUCAACAGAUUCAUAAAAGGAUCGGAAGGGAUUAAGGACCAGUAAGAAUCAAGUAUUUCUCUCUAAUGUGAUGAUGUACCGAUGUGAUGUUUUCACAUCCGCUCCAAGAACAUCGAACUGCUGCAUAGGUGAUAGAUCAGGGGUCUUCGAAAGUAGAUUCUGGGUCGACCGUUUCCAGACAUGCAGGUCGAUACCCUGCUUUGAGACAGAACUGUCAAGAAGGAUCCCGAUCCUUCACCAGAGUCGAAGUGGUAGACCCUGAAUCUACUUUUGGAGAAUCUUGCUUUAGAUAGAGCAUGGGUCUCCAAAAGUAGAUUCUGGGUCUAACACAGAAAAAAGAGUCCUUCCAGAAAAAAGGUAUGAAACCUUUAUUCCCUUGGCAGGAUAAUGGAUCUUGUUCAAUGACUUGGUGUCAGAUCUCGUGCUCGAAGUGAUGUGUCUCUGAUAUGAGUCAAAUCAUAUCUAUACACUGUACAUAUUACGCGUUCGUACAUACGAGUAGUAUGUAUGUAAAAAUGAGCGAACAGUGAAUUAAUGAUAUUAGUUAAAUAAUAUAAAGAUAUAUAUGAAUUUAUAAAUAUAAUUUAAGACAAAACAGAAAACGUGCGACCGUUUUCGUGCAACAAUGUACCUAUGCGUUACGAUCUAAUUCGAUUAUUCUAUUAUUUAUAAUUGCUUUUAUAUUAUCGUCCUCUACGUUCCCCUUCCAAUCCUUUAUUAUUUAUUUUCACAUGUCCUCUUCCUACCUCUAAAUAUUGUAAAAUAUUCUUGUAUUAAUAUUUAAUUCUCUCUUUAUCUAUUGACUUCUCUUCUCUAACAACGCUUCUUCCAGUCAUUUUUUUCGUCGCUUCGAAUUUACGUAUAUUUACUUCUGAUAUUCGACUUACAAGGAGAGGUCGCGAGAUGGUAAAUGCCGAUUCGACUGGGGCUUUAGACGGCGAAAGCACAUCAAAAUCCAUUGGGUACGUAUUUUUUCUUUCGAUUCCAUAGGUCUUAGUUUCCGAGAUAUCGAGGUUUGCGUAUUUACGCAUGAGCGCUCAACUCGACAGUUAUGAGUCGAGCGCGAAAGCGUGGCGCUUAGACUCGUCAAUGAUGAGUCGAGCGCGCAAAAGUGGGGCUCAAGUCUAAAUUUUUAAACCUCGGUAACAGAAAUUAAGAACCAUAGGAUCAACUGGAAAGAUACCACAUAUAAUGGGUUUGAUUUUCUUUCACUCUGUAAAGUCCCAAAAUUAUCGUCCCUUUUCUCGCGAUUCCUGCUUGUUAAUUUUCUUUGCUACUUUUCUAAACUAUAUUGUUAUUCCUCAUCUGCCAAUAUACGGGUUUUCACUAAGCGAGUUUGAGAACUGGUGUAUAGUAGAGGGUCAUUGGCUUUGCAUAUUGUAAGUAACCUAAUUUUAGCCACAGUUCUGACAAAAGAAAGAAAAGAGAGAUGUCAAUAAGUCUUGGGGAUAAAGUAGAUUUAAAACAUAUUUUUUAGAUAUUUUUCCAAUUAAUUUACUUUCCGUGUUUCGGUUCGUGUUCGAAUAUCAUUCGGUCUAUCGAAAAAUAUAAAAAGCUUAGCAUCGUUACUUUAAAAAAUCUUCGGAAACUUAUUGACACCCCUUCGAUGACCAAAUGUAUUUAAAAUACAGUUAGGACGCGCUAGACAAGAUGAGAAAAAAAAUAUUUUUUUUUUUUAAAUUGCGACCCUCGAAGGUGUUGAUUCUCGAGAAAUUUACAAACCGGUAUGCGUCGCCGGCGACUACAGAUUAGAACUUGUAUAGAGCCAGUUGUGAAUUAUUUAUAUAUUGAUGUUGGAUUAAAUGAUUGUUACCGUACGCUGAAACUCUUUUCACGCUUAUGCUUUCCCCACUCUUUGAACGAUCCUAUUCCUAUAUUUUUAUUCUUUGUUUAAAAUAUCAGCCAUGGUCUUAAACUAUUUGAAAAACUAAAUUGCAAAAUUAUUUGUGUAUUACAUUACAAAUAGAUUCUAAUGACAUUUAUUCAAUCUCUAUCUAUUGCUUAAAAGUAUGUUUUAAACAGUAAAAACAAUUCUCAACUCAGGAGAUCGAGUAACAUAUAAAAAUCCUGAUCGUUCCAUUCUCGAUUUCAAAAUCUCAUUAUCAAACUUUUCAGUUUCUUAAUUUCAGAUCUUUGCAUGUGACAUGCUCUAUCUUCACCCUAUCUACAUUACUGACAAUUCAUUAAUUCUGGCACUAAUUUUUGUUCGAAGAGAUAUAUUUUUUUUUUAAAGGAAAUACAUGAUUUUUUGCUUUUAGCGUAGCGGGCUACGCAAAUAGUGUUCGAGAUUUUUAACAAAGAAAAAAUUUUAUUUCUUGUUACAAAUUUCUGAUCGCAGUGAGUAGUUUCUUUUUCAAUGUUAAAUGUAAUUUACGUAAUACGGUAGCGUACCUAAUUUGGAUCUGUUGAUAGAUUUUCCCUGUUUUAAUUAUAAUUUACGAUCACCUUUUUAAGAUAGUGACCAAUUGUUAAGUUUUUUUUUUUUACCUUUGAGCAUCUUUGCAAAACGUUUCUAACGCAGGGUGUGCAAUAAAUAAUGAAUUCUUAUUUCCUUCUUCUUUCUUCUUCGACCUCGAGAUUUCCCUUCUUCCUUUGCGAAAACAAAUUGUGAUCUGUAAAUACAAGAACACAUUACUUGGACCGACAAUACUCGUUAUGGAGCGGAUAAAGUUCGAUUAUUUGUUACAUAUGUAAAUAAACUGUUAAUCAGGCCAUCAGGCAAAUUAUUCAA